CAAUCGGGCCCGACAAGUUGGGGCCUAGCCAAUCAGGCUCGACAAGGGAGACCCGAGUCAGUGUUUGCGCCUUUCCCUUGCAGCUUCGGGUGGCGCUGCGGGGAAUCCGGGGUCCCGGCCGGGCUCCUCGCUUGCUUCCUUGUUCCCCUGGAAACCCCGUGUGCCCCGUCCCGGAGGACAUGGCGCGGCAGUGGGGGCUCUCCAUGAGGGCCGCCGAGCGGGCGGGCUGCGUGGUGAGCGCUUCCCGGGCCGGGCAGCCCGAGGCGGGCUCGUGGAGCUGCAGCGGGGUGAUCCUGAGCCGCUGCCCGGACCUGGUGCUGUGCCACGGGGGCAUUUUCACCCCCUUCCUGCGGGCCGGGAGCGGGGCGCUGAGCGCGGCUGGCGCCGCUUUCCUGCCCGGCGACAGUUGCGGCGACGACCUGCGCCUGCACGUGCAGCGGGGUCCAGCAGCCGCGAGCUCCGUGGGCCGCGCGGAGCGGGGCCGCCCGGGGCUCUGCACGCCCCAGUGCGCGGGCCCUGAGGCCGGCCUGCAGGCCCGACCCCGCGGGCAGCGACUGCAGCCCCCGCGGCCCGCCGAGCUGCUGCUGCUGCUGAGCUGCCCGGCCUUCCGGGCCCACUUCGCGCGCCUCUUCGGGGGCGAGGCGGCGGAGCAGUGGCACUUCGCGAGCGCGGCGCCGGAGGACGAGGUGUCGGAGGAUGAGGAGGAGGAUCAGCUGAGAGCGCUGGGCUGGUUCGCGCUGCUGCGCUUGCGGCCCGACUCCGAGGAGGAGGAGGAGGAGAAGGCGGAGCGCGGGCCGGCAGUGGCCGUGGCGCCUCUAGGGGCCGUGCCCAAGGGCGCGCCGCUGCUGGCCUGCGGCUCCCCGUUCGGGGCCUUCUGCCCGGACAUCUUUCUCAACACGUUCAGCCGCGGCGUGCUCAGCAACGCGGCCGGCCCGCUGCUGCUCACCGACGCGCGCUGCCUGCCGGGCACCGAGGGCGGCGGAGUGUUCGCGGCGCGGCCCGCGGGGGCGCUGGUGGCGCUGGUGGCCGCGCCCCUCUGCUGGAAGGCCCGCGAGUGGGUGGGCCUCACGCUGCUCUGCGCCGCCGCCCCUCUCCUACGUGUCGCCAGAGCCGCGCUGGGCAGCCUGUGUCCCGGCUCCGAUGCCCUGGCCGCCCUCCUGCCGCAGGAGAUGAGCGCCCCUUGGGGCCUGACCCUCCGAGACCCAGGACCCCCGUGGGCAACUGCAGCCGUGCUGGUGGCGUGUGGCACCGUCUGGGGCUCCGGAGUGGCCGUGGCGCCCCGCCUCGUGGUGACCUGCCGGCAUGUGGCCCCUCGGGAAGCCUCCAGGGUCCUGGUGCGCACCGCGCCCCCCAAGAGUGCUGCGAUCUGGGGACAUGUGGUAUUUGCCACCCAGAAGACCUCGCCCUACGACGUGGCAGUGGUGAGCCUGGAGGAGGAACUACAUGAUAUCUCCCUGCCUGUCCCUGCUGAACAUUUCCACGAAGGAGAAGCUGUCAGUGUAGUGGGCUUCGGCAUCUUCGGCCAGGCUUGCGGGCCCUCGGUGACCUCGGGCAUCCUGUCAGCUGUGGUGCGGGUGGGUGACACACCGGUGAUGCUACAGACCACGUGUGCCGUGCAUGGCGGCUCCAGCGGGGGACCCCUCUUCUCCAGCUGCACUGGAGACCUCCUGGGCAUCGUGGCCAGCAACACCCGGGACAAUAACACGGGGGCCACCUACCCUCACCUGAACUUCAGCGUUCCCAUUACGGUGCUCCAGCCGGCCCUGCGGCGGUACGGCCAGACCGGUGACCUGGGCAGCCUCCGAGAGCUGGACAGCGCCACUGAGCCAGAGGGUGGUGUGGCGGCUGCAGCGGCCGCUGGCAGAGGCCCCGCGGAGCAAGCUGAGCUGAGUCAGCCCUCCGGGGAGAGGAGCCGCCGUGCAAUGCCACAGGACGGGCGGAGGGUGGCAGCCUUAAGACCCUGCCCCGGCACACCCCAGCCGGGCCGCCUCCCCAUCCCUGCCCAUGUUGUUCAGCUCUGGAAUCUGGACCAAACUUCCCUUCCACCCCACGGGUCUCCAGCCUGGCAGCCUGUUUGGGGGUGCUUUUUGGAGCCUUCACCUCUCUCUGCCCCCUGACACUAGACCCAGCGCUGUUAUGUCUCCUUCUGGGGAGCCCCUGGUCCCCUGGUCCGCAUAACAGCCCUGGUCCCGACGGACAGGUGCUCCUGGAAGGCAGGCCCCGUCCCGGCUCUGUGUCUGUUCCUUAUCUCCUGAUGGCCGCUGGCCACCAGGGCCACCUGCUUCCUUGGGGCUGGGGCUUCCUCAGAAAGGCCAGCUCUGAAGACCAAAGAGGAAAAAAAAACCUCUCUGUUCUACUACACAUUUAGGUGGAGUCUCUGAAAGUUAGAAUUUGUGGGUCUUCAUAUGUCGGGUGUCGCUGGCCUCCAGGGGCACUCUGACACAGUGCCUUUACUUUCCAGCCCAUAAAAUGGGCCUCAGGGAUCUCGAAGGGUAGAAUGUGUCUAGCUGGGGGUAGAGAAUAAAGAAGAUGUGUAGGAGAAAGUCUCUACUCCUAUCUAA